UCGCCGUCGCCUCUGGGCUGGGGCUGUUCUUCCGGGUUGGAGGCGCAGCGCCGCGGGCCGGGCUGGGUCUGCCAGCGCGGCGUGGCGUUUGCUCGCAGCGCGGGGUCGCCUGCUGCCCCGCCUGCCGGCCCAGCAAUUCACCUUCAAGGAACAGGGGAUUUGGAAACUUGGGAGUUCAAAGCAACAUGGCACAUCUGCUGAAAUCGGUGGUGACCAGCUGCUCAUGCCCUUUCCUUAGCAACUUGGGCUCCUGUAAGGGUCUAUCUGGGAAGAAAGGCUUUUUACGAACAUUUCAUAUUCAUCAGGCACUGUGGUGUAAAUCCCCUGUAAAACCAGGAAUUCCAUAUAAGCAGCUGACAGUUGGGGUCCCCAAGGAGAUUUUCCAAAAUGAGAAGCGAGUAGCACUGUCUCCUGCUGGUGUCCAGGCCCUGGUCAAGCAGGGCUUUAAUGUUGUUGUGGAAUCAGGAGCAGGUGAAGCUUCCAAAUUCCCAGAUGACCUCUACAGAGCGGCAGGGGCCCAAAUCCAAGGGACGAAGGAAGUUCUGGCUUCUGAUCUGGUGGUCAAAGUAAGAGCUCCCAUGGUGAAUCCAGCAUUAGGUGCUCACGAAGCCGACUUUUUAAAGCCAUCGGGGACGCUCAUUAGCUUCAUUUACCCUGCCCAAAACCCAGACUUGCUAAAUAAACUUUCUGAAAGAAAAACUACAGUUCUGGCAAUGGACCAGGUCCCAAGAGUCACGAUUGCUCAGGGGUACGAUGCUCUCAGCUCCAUGGCCAACAUUUCUGGCUAUAAGGCUGUCGUUUUAGCAGCGAAUCAUUUCGGAAGGUUUUUUACUGGUCAGAUCACAGCUGCUGGAAAAGUGCCCCCAGCUAAGAUCCUGAUAGUUGGUGGUGGUGUCGCUGGGCUGGCUUCUGCAGGUGCAGCCAAGUCGAUGGGUGCAGUUGUCCGAGGAUUUGAUACAAGAGCUGCAGCGUUGGAGCAGUUCAAAUCUCUUGGUGCUGAACCCUUGGAGGUGGAUUUGAAGGAAUCUGGUGAGGGCCAGGGAGGAUAUGCGAAAGAGAUGUCCAAAGAGUUCAUUGAAGCUGAAAUGAAGCUCUUUGCUCAGCAGUGUAAGGAAGUGGACAUCCUCAUCAGCACAGCACUGAUCCCAGGUAAGAAAGCUCCUGUUUUGUUUAGUAAGGAGAUGAUCGAAUCAAUGAAGGAAGGCUCCGUUGUUGUGGAUUUAGCUGCCGAGGCUGGCGGGAACUUUGAAACCACGAGGCCAGGAGAACUGUAUGUUCAUAAGGGGAUUACUCAUAUCGGCUACACAGACCUCCCCAGCCGGAUGGCCACCCAGGCCAGCACCCUGUACUCCAACAACAUUACCAAGCUCCUGAAGGCCAUCAGCCCUGACAAGGACAAUUUUUAUUUUGAAGUGAAGGAUGAUUUUGACUUUGGUACAAUGAGUCAUGUCAUUCGAGGAACUGUGGUGAUGAAGGAUGGCAAGGUGAUUUUCCCAGCUCCCACACCAAAAAAUAUUCCUGCAGAAGCCCCAGUAAAACAGAAGACAGUGGCUGAACUGGAAGCAGAGAAAGCGGGCACGGUCUCAAUGUACACGAAGACGCUGACCACGGCGUCUGUGUAUGCGGCAGGUCUCACCGGGAUGCUGGGCGCGGGCAUUGUGUCCCCGAAUCUAGCCUUCUCUCAAAUGGCGACCACUUUUGGCCUGGCUGGCAUCAUUGGUUACCACACAGUCUGGGGAGUGACCCCUGCUCUCCACUCACCACUGAUGUCUGUGACUAAUGCGAUCUCAGGUUUGACUGCAGUCGGUGGGUUGGCGUUGAUGGGAGGGCAUUUUUAUCCUUCUACAACCUCCCAGAGUCUUGCUGCUCUUGCCACAUUCAUAUCGUCAGUGAACAUUGCAGGUGGCUUUCUGGUGACUCAGAGAAUGCUGGACAUGUUCAAGCGACCCACGGAUCCUCCAGAAUACAACUACCUGUAUCUGCUCCCUGGUUGCACUUUUGUGGGUGGAUAUUUAGCUACUCUCUACAGUGGUUAUAACAUCGAAGAAUUCAUGUACUUGGGCUCAGGCUUGUGCUGUGUCGGAGCUCUGGGCGGCCUUUCCACUCAGGGAACAGCAAGACUUGGCAAUGCCCUGGGUAUGAUUGGGGUUGCAGGGGGCCUGGCGGCCACACUCGGAGGCCUGAAACCAGAUCCACAGUUGUUGGCUCAGAUGUCUGGAGCCAUGGCUAUGGGUGGCACCAUUGGACUGGCGAUUGCGAAGCGCAUCCAGAUCUCUGACUUACCUCAGCUGGUCGCUGCUUUCCACAGUCUAGUGGGUUUGGCCGCAGUGCUGACGUGCAUGGCUGAGUACAUUGUAGAAUAUCCGCAUUUUGCAAUGGAUGCAACGUCAAAUUUCACCAAGAUCGUGGCCUACCUUGGCACGUACAUUGGUGGAGUCACCUUUAGUGGCUCUCUUGUUGCCUAUGGAAAAUUACAGGGUAUUCUGAAAUCAGCACCUCUGCUGCUGCCUGGAAGGCAUGCACUCAAUGCAGGCUUGCUGGCUGCCAGUGCGGCUGGGAUAAUCCCAUUUCUGGCCGACCCCAGCUUUACCACUGGCAUUACCUGCCUGGGAUCAGUGUCUGCACUCUCUACUCUCAUGGGUGUGACUCUGACAGCCGCCAUUGGGGGUGCUGACAUGCCUGUUGUCAUCACUGUGCUCAACAGCUACUCGGGCUGGGCUCUGUGUGCCGAGGGCUUCCUGCUUAACAACAACCUGCUGACCAUUGUGGGUGCGCUCAUUGGCUCCUCCGGUGCUAUCUUGUCAUACAUCAUGUGUGUGGCAAUGAAUCGCUCCCUGGCUAAUGUGAUUCUUGGAGGCUAUGGUACAACUUCAACAGCUGGUGGAAAACCCAUGGAAAUUUCUGGCACACAUACAGAAAUCAACCUUGACAAUGCAGUUGAGAUGAUACGGGAAGCUAAUAGCAUUGUUAUUACUCCAGGAUACGGCCUGUGCGCAGCCAAAGCUCAGUACCCCAUUGCUGACCUGGUGAAGAUGCUUACUGAGCAAGGCAAAAAAGUCAGGUUUGGAAUCCACCCAGUUGCAGGCCGAAUGCCUGGUCAGCUUAAUGUACUCCUGGCUGAGGCGGGAGUGCCCUAUGAUAUUGUGCUGGAGAUGGAUGAGAUCAACAGCGAUUUCCCAGAUACUGACUUGGUUCUUGUCAUUGGAGCUAAUGACACUGUGAAUUCAGCGGCUCAAGAAGAUCCCAACUCUAUUAUUGCAGGCAUGCCAGUCCUUGAGGUCUGGAAGUCCAAACAGGUUAUUGUCAUGAAGAGGUCCCUGGGUGUUGGCUAUGCUGCAGUGGACAAUCCAAUCUUCUACAAACCUAACACAGCCAUGCUUCUGGGUGAUGCCAAGAAGACAUGUGAUGCUCUGCAGGCCAAAGUUCGAGAAUCCUAUCAGAAGUGAUGUUAGAGAUCAAGCUGGAGGAACAGAGAUCAAGUUGCAGGAACAGAGAAAUAAGGCAUGAGUAGAUGAGCAAAGCUCUCAAGGCCCAAAAGAAGCCUAGCAAAGCAACAGAGAUAUUCAAGACCAGAAACCCUUGAUUCUCAGAAAACAUUUGAAAAUUUCAUCUACCUAUUUAUAGUUGCCGUUGCCAAAUAGCAGAAGUAUUUUGUAAGCUGUGAAGAACAGCAUCAUUUUAGAUAUAAUCCUAUUGGAUUUUUAAAAUUUUCUUUUGGCAGCUGGAAAUAAGUUGAGGAGUUGAAUGUUCACGAUUUCAGGAUCUGAAAAGUAUUACACAGUAUGAACAUCGCAGGCACCUGCAUUUAGUUUUUUUUUUUUUUUCUUCUUCUUCUUCUUUCUCUUCUUCUUCACCAAAUGUGACUAAUUUGCAGCUUUUUAUCAACUCCUGCCUGUCCUCUUGCAUUGUAGCCAUAGCUUGGAUUGACCAUACCAAAUCUGUUUCAGGUUAGCAGGCUUUACUUUAGAUUCUAGAUUUCAAAGAUAUAUUUUUUCACUUCUAUUUUAAUAUGUAAAAAACUAGAUAGCCUUUCAGAGACGCUGGGAACUAUCUGCUUGAUAGGGUCAGUAAAACAUAACUUAAAAAUAAUUAGUUGUAUUUUUGAAAGCCUUCUUGCCAAUUGGAGGUCUCUUUAAUUUCGGUGAUUAAGUGCUCUUGAGUGUGCUGUAUCAAGUGCUGUAUUAAGUGCUCUUGAGUGGAUUGCAACCAUUUGAGGAAUAAAUGAGUUCAUCAUGUUUUCAAAGUGGUGUAGACUUGUCUCAGAUGACAGAGCUAAACUCAUUAACAUUGAGGAAGACUACUUUUUACUCAAUCUCUCUUCACUGUUUAGAAGACUGUAUUGUUUUUCAAAACUACAGUGAUUUUUGAGGUCAAAUGUAAUUUGAUGAUACUCAAAAGUCGUAUCAGUACUUUCAGUCAUAUCGGUAAGGACCAGUGGGGAAAAAAAAUCCUUUAUAGAAGUCUAGAUUUUCUUUGUGACUUUACCUUUAUUUCAAAAGCUCUUAAGUAGAGAGGAAUGUAGUACAUUAUAAGGAUUCUGUCUCUCUAUGCACUCAACUUGGUGCCAGGCCUCUCAAAAACAGUUAUUAACCCACAAGGCCUGGGGAGAUGGCUUAAUUGGUUUAGUGCAGAAAAACUGACACAAAACUAUUUCUAAAUCUCAAGACUACUGGUAAAAACUUUGCUUCUCUUUACCAAGUUUAUAAUGCACAAGAUCUGUUGCUUUGAUGAACAAGUUCUGUUUUGUUGUGCCUGAAACAAAGGAUGGAGAGGAAGGAGGGAGGAGGGGAUAGAAGAAGGAGGAAGAGGACAGAGGGGGAGGAGGGAAGGAGGAGAUAGUAGAGGAGCAAAGAUUCCUUUUAAAUGUCUAAUAAAUAAAUGCAAUUUACUGAUGGACCUGAAGUCACUAGCAAUGUCAAGGUUGGAGUUUAUCGUAAAAGUUCUGUCAGGAGAAAUUAACCAGUAUCUUUAGAAAAGUAGGUCCAAAAUCUAAUUGAAAUCUAAAAAUAGUUGAGGGGGAUUUUGCCUUUUUCUCCAGAUGCCUUUCUGUGGUGUCUGGAGACAUUUUUGUUUAUCAGAACUGGCAGAUCUUGCUGGCACACAAUGGGUAAAAGGUCAGGGAUGCUGCUGAAUUAUCCUCCUACAUGCACAGGACCAGUCCCCACACUGUGCAUCACACAGUACGAUCUAUCCCCAAAUGUCAAUAAUGCCAAGGCUGAGAAGCCUCCGUCUUCUCUAAUUUGUUAUCUUUCUCGGUAGUUUAAAUACUAAUAAUAGUAUCUAAAGCAUGGCUAUUUUAGUUUAUGGCACAUAGUAUUUAUAUGAGGGAAAAAAAGGUAUUUGUAAGUGGAAGGCUAAGCCUUUUGUUUUUCCAAAGCUGGGGUAAAUGAGGAACUGUAACUCAGCAGAGAGUACUUGGUUUUCACCUGAAUCUAUCGUGGUUAGUGCGCCUCUGUUUUCCCUGAGUGGGAGACACAAGAUAUUUAAAAGAUUCAUUUAAAAGAUUUUCAAGCAUUUAAUUCUUUAAGUUAAUCCUCCAAAAGGGGUAGUGGCUCUUGCCUGCAGUGUUAGCACUGGGGAGGUAGAGGCAUGAGGAGCAGGGGAUGGAGGCCAGAUUGGGCCAUCUAGCAAGUUUGAAAUCAGCCCAGACUACAUAAGACUGUAUCUCAAAACCCAAACCAAAGCAACUCCCCAAUAAGAACAAAAAUAUUUUCAAAAGUUUGAUGAUCUUGGAUUAUUAUUUGUGACAAGAUCUAAAAACCACAAAAAUGUUUUAUUUUAAAUAAAAAAUGGAGACUUUUUAUAAAAUA